CCAAGCUAUGGUACCUUGCUUCGAGACAUCACAAGGAAGCUUGCCGCUAGCCUCGAGCCCAGACUCAAUUCGUCUCAGAUAACGCCAGGCGCUUAUUCUAUGUUACGAAGUGUUCCCCCCUCACCCGGACUUUUUCAAAGCCGCGAUUUUAACAUGUACUGUCGACAUGGUCAAGCUGCAGAAUUUCGUUUCUUCCUUACUCACACACUUGUGCUAACACGGAGUGCUGAAAAAGCGACCAGAACUUGUCAACAAGACGGUGUAAUGCAGUUUAUUAUACCUCUACUUGGCACCGUAUCUUCGAGCGACUAUUCCGUGGCACUAAAGUUAGAACGUGACGCCUUUGCGCAGUACCUGUUGUACAAAAUACCUAACCUACUGCUUGCUGUAGUAUUAACCGGUGGUGGGGCUGUCAAUAACCGGGUCGUUCCGGGGAAUUUAUCCCACACUGGUGAUCCCUCUUCAGUCAGUGCACAAAAAUCUAGGCAAGGUCAGGUUGGAUGUUGCUAGAACGUACUACUCAUGAGAGAAGGACAAGGGUAGCAUGUAAACGAUCCACAACAUCGACAAAGAUCAGCACUCAUCCCUCGACGGCACCAACCCAAGCUUCGCAAGGAUACACACAAGUUAUGGCCGAGUGGCUCACUUUCCCCGCCGACCAGGCCGCUAAACUUGAGCCAUGGCUGCCUCCAAAGACCCGAUUGUCAUCUGAAGGAGGAGGAGGAGGAGGAGGAGUAGCACCGGGGGAGCAGCAACGUAAUGAACCAGCCCCGGCAAGGGCCCGUCCGUUCGUGACUCUGACCUUUGCGACCUCGCUCGACUCGGCCCUCUCGCUAGCCCCCGGGGUCAGGACCACGCUGUCGGGUCCGCAGUCCAAGGCCAUGACGCACUUCCUGCGCAGCCGCCACGACGCCAUCCUCAUCGGCGCCGGCACCGCAGUCGCCGACGACCCUGGCCUAAACUGUCGGAUCCAGGACGCCGAGUCUCAGCCCCGGCCCAUCGUCGUGGAUCCUCGCUGCCGUUGGAGCUUCCACGAGCGGAGCAAGGUGCUGCAGCUCGCCGGUGAAGGCAGGGGUCUCGCCCCUUUUGUGAUCACCACCCCGGAGGCCGCUGCUGCCAUCGAUGAGCAGAAGAGGGCUCUUCUUGAGUCGCACGGGGGCAAGUAUAUCUCCUUGAAGUAUGGUGGUAGCAGUGAUGAUGGGGUGUUGGACUGGAACGAUAUCCUGGCCGCGCUGCAGCACGAAGGGCUCAACAGCGUCAUGGUCGAGGGUGGAGGUCAUGUCAUCAACACGCUUUUGGGCCACAAGGACAAAAAUGACCUUGUUGAUUCGGUAAUUAUUACUAUCGCUCCAACGUGGCUGGGUCAAGGUGGUGUGGUGGUGUCACCCGCCCGGGAGGUUGAUGAAAGUGGCAACCCAAAGGCUGCUUUGCGCCUCACGAAUCUAAGUUGGCACCCGCUUGGGGAUGAUGUGGUGCUUUGUGGCCAGAUUGAACCAUGAUAAGAGGCACUGGACUGUGAAAGAUUAAAGAAGAAAGAAAAAAGAAAUGCAGAAAGGAUACAUAAAUCAUAAAUGAGUACUUCAAUUACUGUG